AUGGUAUGUGUAAGGAGAUGUUCGGGCGUCCGCAGAUGGCUCACGUUUGCGACUGGACUCGUGGAGUGCCUGUGUUUUGCUGGAGCAGUGUUUGGAUGGGCGUCCCUGGUGUUUGUCCUGAAAAGUGAAGGAUAUUUCAGUUCUUUGUGUGUCAACUCCACAGGAAUCAAUGGCACGCACACAUUAGACUGCCAUGGACAGGAUGAGCAGUUUUCUCUGGUCUUCACGAUUGCAUCUUUUAUGAACAACUUUAUGACUCUUCCCAAUGGUUUCCUCUUUGACCGCUUUGGGACGACAGUGGCGAGACUUUUUGGAAUAUCUCUUUACACAAUGGCCACACUAUUGGUAGCAUUUUCAUCAGCAGUUCUUUCUAACCUGCUGUUUCCAGCCAUGGCGUUGUUGGCAGUUGGUGGUAUCUUAAUCUUAAUGACAAACAUGCAGGUGGGAAACCUGUUUGGUGCCCGGCGGUCCACCGUCAUAACCCUAUACAACGGAGCGUUUGACUCUUCCUCUGCACUUUUCUUAAUCAUAAAGCUGGUACAUGAGGCCGGUGUCUCCCUCCGUGCCUUGUUCCUGGUCCUGUCAGCCUGCAGCAGCAUCCAUGUGGUCAGGACCUUCUUCCUUCUCCCCCGACACUUCAUCCCCUACCCACUGCCCGAAAAAUACUCUUACGGGGUUUCCUGUGGUAAAGCCAAACCUCAGAGUCUUGAAUCUUCCACAGAGAACAGCAUAAAAACAUCUGCAGAGGAAACACCACUCCAAACAGAAUUUGGUUCAAAACAAGUGAAGAGUUUCCGUGACUGCGUUAUGUCGCGCUUCUUCUUCUGGCACCUCAUCUGGCUGUCAGUGAUUCAGCUGCGCCACUAUCUGUUUAUCGGCACCCUCAAUCCCAUGCUGCAGAGGCUCACGGCGGGGGAGCCUUCACUGGUGAGCAAGUACAUCAAUGCGUUUGCUGCCACGCAGUUGUGUGGCGUGCUGUGUGCUCCAUGGAACGGCAUCAUCAUGGACCGAUACAAGGGCAAGCCACGAGCUGAAGGAGAGAGUGAGCAGGAGGCAGACCUGAGGGCCUCAGUGCUGUCUCUGGCCUUGACGGCCUUCCAGUGUGUGUUGUUUUCUAUGUUUGCCUCCAUCCCCAGUCUGCCCCUUCAGUACGCCACCUUCAUCCUGCAGGUGCUCAACCGCUCCUUCCUCUAUGGUGGAAAUGCAGCCUUCAUCAGCAUGGCUUUCCCGUCUUGCCAUUUUGGGAAAGUCUACGGGCUGGUCAUGGCUCUGUCUGCACUGUUCUCAAUCAUGCAGUAUCCCUGUGUCACUCUGGUGAAAGACGUUCUGAAUGGAGAUCCUUUCUAUGUGAACAUUGGCCUCACUAUUCUUAGUCUUCUGGCGUUUGUUCACCCCAUCUCUGUCUACCUCCACUGCCGCAGUCAGGCAGCACAGCGCCGCAACAAACUGUGA